AUGCAAGAUCAACUUCAAGAUCUAUGGCGAGUCGCCCAGGGGACAUGGGAUUCUGGUGUCUUACCUAGUGAGAACAUUAUAUUACGUGCUCGAUCAACUCUUAUCACUACAUUACCCAAUGUCGGGUCCAGCCUGGAAUUUGUCAAAAACCAUUUGUUACAUGACAUUGUACCUGCAUUUAACGGUGGCUCAAUUAGUCCGAAUUAUUAUGGCUUCAUUACGGGUGGAGUGACACCUGCUGCUCUUUUUGCAGACAAUAUCGUAUCCGCCUACGAUCAGAAUGUACAAGUACACAUUGGAAACCAUUCUAUUGUCACCGACGUUGAAUAUCAGGCGCUUGGCCUUCUCACCGACCUAUUCAACUUGGAGCGUGCCCAAUGGCAGAAUGGAACCUUUACUACGGGCGCAACAGGUUCGAAUAUUAUCGGCCUGGCUUGUGGACGUGAGUUUGUCCUGCAGAAGGCCGCAGAAAGAAAGGGAAGCCAACUUAGCAGUGUCGGUGAACAUGGCCUAUUUGAAGUACUCCAAGGGCUGGGUCUUUCUGGAGUUCAAGUGCUUUCAACAAUGCCACAUUCCUCCCUAGUGAAGGCUGCUGGUGUCUUGGGAAUUGGUCGCGCCAAUGUUCGAAACAUCUGCCUUGCUGAUGACCCGCUUCAAUUCGACAUGACACAGCUCGAGAAGGAGCUUGCCAGAACUGACAAGGUUAGUAUUGUGGCUAUCUCAUGCGGUGAAGUCAAUACUGGCCGAUUUGCGACAUCCGGGAUGGAACAACUGGCGCAAAUUCGCCAAUUAUGUGACCGGUAUGGGGCAUGGAUACAUGCUGACGGUGCAUUUGGCAUCUUUGCUCGCGUUUUGGAAGACGGCGAGGAGUUUUCCAUGAUCAAGAAGGGCUGCGAUGGGAUUGAACUGGUUGAUUCCAUCACUGGAGAUGCACACAAGUUGUUAAACGUACCUUAUGACUGCGGUUUCUUCCUUUCCCGCCAUCUUGACUUGGCCACCCAUGUGUUCAAGAAUGCCAAUGCCGCUUACCUGAGCGGGGGUGCGACCGAUGGUCCAUCUAUCCCCUCACCUCUGAAUAUUGGAAUGGAGAACUCACGUCGCUUUCGGGCGUUGCCGGUUUAUGCCAACCUGCUGAGAUACGGGAGACAGGGUUAUCGAGACAUUGUUAAGCGCCAGGUACACCUUGCUCGAGCCAUAUACGAGUGGAUCUUUGACCACCCAGCAUACAUAGCCUUGCCAGAGGCAAAUUCAAAGGCCGACCUUGUUGACCAGACAUUCAUGGUCGUUUUGUUCUGUGCCAAGGACGAUGCUUUGAAUCAGAAUCUUCCUGCGAAGAUCAACGAAACCUCACGAAUGUAUGUUUCGGGGACUAGCUGGCAGGGCAGACCGGCUACUAGAAUUGCUAUCUCUAAUUGGCGGGUUGAUGUGGAACGAGACUUGGAAUUGGUAAGUAGUGUUUUGGCUCAAGUGGCCCAGCAAUGA